AUGCCUGCUGUACAUGGGGAUUUAGCGUCCAUGGUGAUGCCUGCAGACCAGGAGCUGCUACCGGAUAUCUACCCUAGGCAGGUUACCCUUCGCGAUCGCGUUACGGUCGCGACCCUGGUGCCCUUUAUGUCGCCCGAUGAUGUGCCCCCGUCUCUGUUGAGCUACCUAUCAGACCAACUAAAUAGUGAGAUUGAGAAGGGCGACACCUAUGCCAUGAUUGACCCUAUCCCGUACGAUGAAUUUAGGCACUAUUGGUUCUCUCACUUCGGUGCUAUCAUGCUCCUCGGGGAUAUCAAGAAUACACAGGAUGUCAAACUCAUGGAUAGGACGGGGGGAGCGAAUUGGUCCAAGCUCUGUCUAGGCAGCUUUACCGUCAGACCCAACUACCCUGGCCGUAGUAGUCAUAUCUGCAAUAGCAUGUUCCUUGUCACCGAUGCUUCUCGGAAUCGAGGUGUGGGCCGACUGAUGGGGGAAGGAUACCUAGAGUGGGCUCCAAAACUGGUCAGUACCAAUUGCACUGAUGAAUCCUUUCGUGAACGCUCUGGUUCAAACGGAUCGGAAGAAUACCAGGAGGUGGUAGACUCGCCUCCAAUCCCGGACAAUACGUUGAUGCGAUCAUAUACGGCCGGGAUUUGGGACCCGAGGGGGCGCCGACAGGGCCGAGAAGAGCCGGCUCAGAAGUGCAGCAACCCACUAUAA